AAAGAGACAUACUUGUGAUUCUUUUAUAUUAUAACACAUAUUGCAAAUCAUUAAAUUAAAAACAAUGUGAAAAAACUUAACUGGUUCACAAGGAAGCAGGAAUUGAAUUAUUUUUCUCAAUCAGUCGGUAGUCGGUCACGCUCAGUUUUAGCCAAUAUAAUCAACGAUCUUUUUCUUAUAUCUCUCUGAGCCAGGGAGGAUAGAAAUUGAAUUGAGAUACAAAUUAAAAUCGAUCAGUCCUGAUGUGGGAAUCCGGCUCUCUUUUAUUUUUUUGACGACAUAGACCGAAUCUCUGGUAGAAGCUGGCGGCAAUUUUUCUUUUGCUUUCUUGUGACCAGAUCGUAUUUAAAUCAGUUUACCCUGAGAAUCUUGGCCGCACAGACGCGUGAGAUUUUUGUCGUCAUUUUUUUACGAAGUCGCGAAUUUUUAGACUUGAUUGUGCUCCGUAUGUUGGAAGCUGACGUUAAGGUUCUCUAACAACGCGUAAUCAGAAACGGUUUUAUAUGCGCCUGCUUGCUGGCUAGCGUAGAAUAACAAAACACCGGAUAAGUGAUGGAAGAUUUAUGUUUGGUGCCACACACAGUCCAGUGUUCGUAUUGACGUGUGCCGCAUAAAUUAAUUAUGAGAUGGACCACACAAGUCUAAAGUGAUAAUUUAAAUGUCCAAACAGUAGAAGUGCACAUUAUUCUUGGGAUGCAUAGAAAACGAUAUUGAUCACUAAUAUCGGAGCAUAGUAUAUAGAUCGUGACCAGCAUACGGAUAAUUAGUUGACCAUAUGUUAAAGCAUAGUGCAGAAAUAUUGGCAUGAGUUCAGAUACAAUUGGUUUUAAGAUCUAGUAUGAUAAACUGAGUUAAAUCUAUCUAUCAUCGAAACAUUUGAGUCAAACGAAAUCAUUGGAAAUGGUUAGUUCCAGCAUCUUACUGACUCUGCUAGUACUUACUUUAGAAGUAACAGUCAGUUGGCGGUUUGACCGAAUGCCCAGACUGUAUGGAGACAGGCUACCAACGAAAGUGAUAUCACCUCGAACGCGCAAAGUUCAACGUCGAAUCGUGGUAUUGCAUGAUUUUUUCCGCACCAAAGUGAUUCCACCGGCCUCCAAUAUGCUGAGCAUGAAGUGGCACUAUGGGGCGGCAAGAUCGGCACAAAAGUGGGCGGAUCAAUGUCGGCUACUCACCCACGACAGCCCGAAGGGUCGUUGGAUUGACAACUAUGGAGCGUGCGGACAAAACAUCUUUGUCUCUACUCAUAAAGUUCCAUGGUUAUUUGCACUUCGAACUUGGUUCUUGGAGCGACAGAACUUUACAUACGGAUCACAUAAAAACGAUUUGAUAGCAGUGGGACAUUACACGCAGAUGGUGUGGGCAGCUACUCAUGAAGUUGGGUGCGGAUUGUCGAAAUGUGCUGGCGGAGGUCCUCGGGGCAAGCCGUAUUUUAAUUAUGUCUGCAAUUACUGUCCAAUCGGGAAUCAUGGAGAUAAGCUAGGCACGCCAUACAAGCGAGGUAAACCGUGUCAUUCUUGUCAUCAGCAUUGUCACUCUAAAAAGAUAAAAUUAUGUACUAACAUCUGCAGCUCGGCGGAUUUGUGGGCAAAUUGUCGAGAGUUGUAUAAAACAUGGCCUGGUUGGUUAUGCAACACGGUUACACCGGAGGGCCUGGAACGGCACAGGAACUGCUUAGCUACUUGUACAUGUCAAGGAAAGAUUCAUGAUUAGAUGACAUGAAUAUUCAUUAUUUAAACAGUCUUAGUAUAAGCAGUGCCGCAUGUGCCUAAAGAAUUGGAAAUGUAUAAGAUCGACUGAACAUUGAAUAAAUCAAUUGUGUUAUUUUCAGAUGAAAAGACCACUAGAUAUAACGCAGAUCGCAGAAAAUUGAGAAAAAAUAUUAUCAUGCGAAUUUAUUAUAUUUUUGAAUAAUGCCAAUUUGAAGUUAAUUGAAAAGUUAUAAUUUUAAAAA